AUGGCCCGUGGUUCCUCUACUCGCAAAUCUUCUACAUCCUCUAACAUUCUCAACACUACCUCAAUUUCUCCUUCGCCUGACUCUCAAUUCACAAUGGCUGGCCGAAAGAAUGCCCGCCGCAAUCCCCAGGCUGAGAUUGUCCUGCCUGUCACUUAUACUCCUACCACCCACCGCAUUAGCAAAGCAAAGAAGGGCAAGCGUGUACACGCUUGUGAAUUCCCUGGAUGCAGCAAGGUCUUCACUCGCGCUGAACAUCGCAGACGCCACGAACUUAACCACAACCCUGAAGCUUCAUACCGGUGUACACAUCAUGGUUGCAAGAAGGCCUUCCACCGACCUGAUCUACUGGCCCGUCACAUGGAGAGACAUGAACUGGAGUCGCAACCCCAACCCCAAUCGCAAUGGGCGCAUACUCAGCUCACCGAUUCUUCCUCCAUCCCGUGCUGUUUCCCCUCCAACACUGCUUCCCUCGUGGCGACUUCUCAACACUCGCAACCAAUUUCCAUUGGCUCUCUCGUCGCUCCCGGUGUACACCUUGACUUGCAUAACGAAUACUCGAUGGGGUGGAACGGUAUGGACCUGCCUCUACAGCAGCCUCGUCCUGUGAACAUGUUCCAGAACCAGCUCCCCGAGACAACAGACGACAGUCCGUUUUACUCUUCGCCUGCAGAGACCUGUCCCUCGCCUUUGUCGGACGUAGCCUACUCUCUCCCUUCUCACUCUGGCUCUUCUGUCUCGUCCAUGUCCUCUAUCUCUUCUUCGCUUUCUGUCAUUGAUCAGUAUCCUAAGGGUAUCUACAAGUCGGAUCUGAGCUCGUCUCCGUUACAUAUGGACUCUCCACUACGAUGGGACAGUUCAGACAACAUACCGCCGCAUAUGAUUCCUCUUUCUCUAGAUGAGAGCCUCAUCCAGCCUCCUAUCUGCCACUACCCCUCCCCAUCAUGGUCUACCGACUACCUGCCAUAUGAUGACCAGGUACACUCCCUAGCACAAUUCCAGCCUAUCAGCUGGAAGCAAUGGAUGUGA